AUCACAAUUUGGGUCAAACCCAAUUAAAUAAUGUGUGUAAGAUUUGAAUUUAUUAUAAAAAUUUCAGAAAAAGAGAGUUGUGAUUAUGACUUUUGAGAAUCAAGAACGUGACACUAGUUUAGAACACAAGUUAUUUUAAUAUAUAUGUGUAUAAGAGAAUGAAGGGAAAAAAGAAAAGGAAAGAAAGAAGUUACUUGUUUCAAGUCAACACCAUGAAAAGAGUUGCAAGAACUUGUUUCUCAGUUAUUAUUCUUAGUAUUUUUGUGCUUUGCUUUCUUCCAUUGAAGAUUAGUUCCUCACCAAGAACCCAAGCAGAGGCUCUCAUAACAUGGAAGAACAGCUUGGUGGUGAGACCAUCUUCUCUUAAUUCAUGGUCCAAUAAUAACAUUGACAAUCUAUGCAACUGGACUAAUGUUGUAUGUGAUGGUUCCACUCGAGAAAUCUCGCAAAUAGAUCUCUCCAACAUGGGCCUCAAAGGAACACUGGACAAGUUCAACUUCUCUCCAUUCCUUAACAUCACCGUCUUCAACAUCAACAACAACAAACUCGCUGGUUCGAUACCAACAACCAUUGGUAAUCUCACCAAGCUCACUUUGUUGGACUUGAGUGAAAAUUACAUCGAAGGGGAAAUUUCAAUGGAGAUAAGCCAAUUGUCAGAGCUUCAAUAUUUGAGUCUCUUCAACAAUUCUCUUGAGGGGCCAAUACCUUACCAGAUCACCAAUCUACAAAAGGUAUGGUACUUAUCACUUGGAGCAAAUUUUUUUGAGAAUUCUGAUUGGUCUAAGUUUUCAAGCAUGCCUUUUUUAACAUACCUUGAUCUUUUUAGGAACCAAUUCAAUUCAACAUUCCCAAGUUUCAUAUCUAAGUGUAGGAACUUGACUUUCCUUGACUUGUCUCAAAAUAGUUGGAGUGGGUCAAUUCCAAAAUCUGUGUUUUCCAAUCUCAUCAAACUCCAAUCUUUCAAUCUUACCGAUAACAAAUUUGUGGGACAUUUGUCAUCUAAUAUUUCAAAACUUUCUAAGCUAAAACACAUUCGUUUACAAUUUAAUUUUCUUAAAGGUGAUAUUCCUAAUGAGAUUAGUCUCCUACAUGAUCUUGAGGUUCUUGAACUAUAUAGAAAUUUAUUUAGUGGGAGUAUUCCAUCUUCUAUUGGCCAAUUCACAGGUCCAAUUUCAAAUUUGAAGAAACUUAAAAUAUUGGAUCUUUCUGAGAACCAUCUCACGGGUCCUAUUCCAAAUUCUUUAUGGAACCUCAAAAAUCUAACUGUCUUGCAACUUUUUAAAAACAAUCUGGUUGGAACCAUCCCACCACAGAUUGGAAAUCUAAAACUCCUCUCACAUUUUAGUGUAAGCACCAACCAACUAUCAGGAGAGUUGUCAGAUAAUAUUUCUAGUCUUAGUAAUAUAGAGAUCUUCUCUAUUUUCAACAAUAAUUUCACUGGUUUGAUUCCUUUAGAGAUUGGAAACUUAAAGAAACUUAAACGACUUUAUCUUUCGAAGAACCAUCUCACAGGUCCGAUUCCAACUUCUUUGUGGAACCUAAAAAACCUUACGUUUCUGGUCCUUUCCAAUAACAAUCUGGUUGGAACCAUCCCACCUGAAAUUGGAAAUUUGGAAUUCUUGGCAAAUUUUAUUGUGAACACCAAUCAAUUAUCAGGAGAGUUGCCGGUUAAUAUUUCCACGCUUAGUAACCUGGAGGCCUUCAAUGUAUUUGAAAAUAAUUUCACUGGGACAAUCCCUAGAGACUUUGGGAAGAACAGUCCUAUUUUGAACUUUGUUGCAUUUGGAAACAACAACUUCUUUGGAGAGAUUCCACAAGGUUUGUGUAGGGGGUUCAAUCUAAAAUAUUUUAGUGUAAGCAACAAUAGCUUUACAGGCACAUUGCCCGAGUGCUUGAGAAAUUGCACCAAAUUAGAAAGAGUGAGGCUUGAUGAGAACAAAUUCACAAGCAACAUAACUAAUGCAUUUGGUGUCCAUCCACAUCUAGAUUCUGUUUUCUUAAACAAUAACCGAUUCACCGGACAUGUUUCAAGAACAUGGGGACAGUGUCAGAAUCUCACCAGAUUGCAGAUGGGUCAAAAUAAAAUCUCUGGUAAGAUCCCUCCAGAACUAGGGAGUUUGACAAAGCUAAAAGUUUUGAGCCUAGAGUCCAACGAGUUAAGUGGUGAAAUUCCCACUCAAUUGGGAAAUCUUAAACUUUUGUACCAACUUAAUCUGAGCAAUAAUCAACUAACCGGUGCAAUCCCUCCAAGUCUAUCAUACUUGAGCAAGCUAGUGAAUCUUGAUUUUUCGAGAAAUAAUUUAACAGGUGAAAUACCAAAUUCGUUAGGUAAUUGUGUAGGAUUGUCAAGUUUAAACCUCAGUCACAAUAUGUUAUCUAGUGAAAUACCACAAGAGCUUGGAAAUUUGGUGUCUAUACGUUAUGUAUUAGAUCUUAGCAGCAAUUUACUUAUUGGAAAAAUACCCGCAAGCUUGUCCAAGCUUACAAUGCUGGAAAUUCUCAACAUCUCUCGUAACCACCUGUUAGGUAGUAUUCCUCAAUCAUUUUCCAAUCUAAUAAGCAUACGUUACAUCGAUUUUUCUUACAACAACUUGACGGGUCCGAUACCAACUGGAGCCAUUUUCCAAAAUGCUUCAAAAAGUUUUUAUGAUGGAAAUCUCGGAUUGUGUGGAAAAGCUACUGGACUUAAUCCCUGUAAAAGGCAAAGAAACAGAAUUAGCAAUGGUCUUAUAUUAGUCAUUUCUCUUGUUUGUGGCUUAAUACUGUUUGUUACUGUCCUUGUUAUCACUCUCAUAUUGUGUCAUAAAUUCAAAGUGUUGGAUAAGCACAAAAAAGAUUCCAAGAAAAAUGACACACACCAGUCAUUAAUAUGGGAAAAGGAAGCAAAAUUCACAUUUGGAGAAAUUGUAGAGGCAACUGAAGACUUUGAUGACAAAUACUGCAUUGGGAAAGGAGGUUUUGGUACUGUUUACAAGGCCAUAUUGAGACCACAUGAGUUAGUUCUUGCGGUUAAGCGGUUGCACAUGUCAGAUUCAAGUGAUAUUUCAGAAGUUAGUCGCAUCAGUUUUGAAACUGAGAUUCGAACUCUGACCGAAGUCCGACAUCGGAACAUUGUAAAGCUAUAUGGGUUUUGUUCAAGAAACAAUGGUUUGUACUUAGUGUAUAAGUAUGCAAACAAAGGCAGUCUUGCAAAAGUAUUAUAUGACUCAACCGAUCUUGAUUGGGAUUCAAGAGUGAAGAUCGUUCAAGGAUUGGCCCAUGCAAUCUCAUACUUGCACCACGACUGUUCUCCACCAAUAGUUCAUCGCGACGUGUCCUUAAACAAUGUACUACUUGGCUCUGAUUUUGUUCCAAUAUUGUCAGACUUUGGCACAGCUCGAUUGUUGAUGCCUGACUCGUCCAUUUGGACAAAUGUAGCUGGAUCCUAUGGCUACAUGGCCCCUGGUAAUUACUAUUGUUCUCAUUAUUAA